UUUAAAAGCCAAGCCUUUACUCUCUGUCCUUCACACAUUUGAAUCCCAUUCUGGCGACAGAGCACUCUGAACCGCUGCUGCUGCAGUACUAACCUUUUUGGGCGAAUGUCGGUAGUAUUUAUUAAAUCUGCUCCUCUUUCCACUGAGAAGUGGCUUUUUUCACGUUAAUGACAGCAACAUAUCUUGUUCGGCUUCGCGUUCGUCGUGUCGCUCCCUGCCGACCUUUCCAUGCAAAACCGAUACUACAGGUUUGAUUUGUUUUUUCUUUUUGUUUUGUUUUUUAGAAAAACGGCUGCCCCAAAAAGACAAAGCGCGUCUUUUAUGAUUGCGUUUAUUUUCUGACGAGGAAAAACCAAAUCGGAUUUUUAUCCCAGAGGAUUUUAUAGCAUGAUUCUUUGUGAACGAGGUCCCAGGACUCUUCUCCCUGGUGCUCCAUCCACUCAAGCCCCGUGGGGCAUGCGGGAGGGAACAGCAAACCCUGCCCCAUGCUUUCAGAGUGCACCUCCAAAAUGGGACCCCACCAAGGACCUACGGGCGAUUGCCAACAACUUUUGCCAUCUAGAAAAUUCAGGAUGGUACUGGGGAGCUAUAACUGCAGCACAGGCCCACGCUGCCCUUCAGGAAGCCGCAGAGGGAGCCUUCUUGGUACGAGACAGCAGUCACCCUUUGUACAUGCUGACCCUAUCUGUCAGGACUGUGCGAGGACCCACAAGCAUACGGAUCCAGUACAGUGGCGCCCAGUUUCUCCUGGACUCUAGCUCCGGGGCCCGGGCCAGUCUCUCGUCCUUCCCCAACGUGCCCAGUUUGGUGCAGCACUACAUGGGGGCAGAGAGGAAAGCCGAGGAGAAGAAGGUGGAGGAGCAGGCGGCCCCGGCAAAACCUUCUGAGCUCUCCGCUCAGGAGACGUCCGUGGUACUGAAACUUAGGCGAGCUGUGUACAAACCUGAGAGCCUCCCCUCUUUGCAGCACCUCACUCGUCUUGUCAUUAACAGAAACACAGACUGCGCUGAGCAGCUGCCACUCCCCAAACCUCUGUUGCGUUACUUGCAGGACUAUCCCUUCAAGGUAUGAGGAGGAAUGGAGAGGGGGCUGCUUGUAAAAAAAACAAAAACCUGUUUAUUCAAAAGAAAGAAAAAGACAUUCAAACAGGUCAUUUGUGCCUGUGGAGGCCAGUGAGAAAUAUUUCGGACUAAAUUCAGUGAAGACAGACACGUCUGGUUUCAGACUUAAACCCUUCAAGGACUGAGCUUGUCGGGUGGGGGCAAAGCACCCCACAAAAGGACAGUGCUGUGAUCUCCUUUAAUAUGGAUGUGGACUUUGUCACUGCUUCUGGAUGUACAUACUGUUUGUAAGAAAUAACACAGAUUUCACUGAGACAUCUUUUAUGCCAUUUUAUUUUUGUCAGCAAAGCAUUUUUGUACUUUUUACAUGUGUAAAUUUUUUUCUAUUAAAAGCAGAACUUACAUCUUC